GUUGGUUUGCCAACCGCCACAACAUUGAAAGAAGACGACUUUCGCUUUAGGGUUCAAAAAAAAUGAUAUAUUGGGUAUAAUAUAUAAUAUUGGGCCACCACGAUGAACAGUUGCUGCUUCAUCUGUGUAUUUGCAGUGCUGAUAAACAAAGUGUGUCUGCAGGUCACAGUAGAGGGUGUUAUUGGUGGUUCUGUUGUUCUGCCGUGUUCCUUCACCAAAGAUGAUUAUAAACUUCAGGACAUUGAUGUGAGCUGGACACACAAUGCUAGCAUAAUUCUAGUUGAUAUAAUUCCACACAGUGCUUCACCAGUGACAAAGGAUCCAAAAUAUGAGAACAGAACUGAAACGUUCCCUGAAGAGUAUCUGAGAGGAAAUUUCUCCUUCAAACUCAACAAUCUUCAACACACUGAUGCAGGAAAAUACAUCUGUUACAUCUUACAUUCAUCUCAAUAUCAGACUGUACAGCUGAUCAUCAAUGACUCGCUGUCCACCGAACAAGGAAACCAAGGAGAAACAGACCAUGAGGGAAUGGAGCCAUCGCUGCCUUUGCACUUCCUUUACAUUAUAUUACCUGUGUUACUUAUAUUGGUUAUAAUUUUCAUUGUAGUAUUCGUGAGAAAAAAGUGCUCAAUCAGCCACGGGGCAGCCACUCGUGAGGUCUUGAGUACACAAUAUGAAUCCGUAAAGGCUGAUGGUCCUGAUGAAACCGUUGGUGAAUGACACAACUGUACAGCUUGGCUUUCCUGCAGCAACUGCAUGAGCUUUUGCAUUGCAGCUUCAGUUAGAAAAAUAAAUAGAUGAGUAAACAAAGUAUUUGUUUGAACAACAGAAAAUCACUUGAAUGAAUGUUGUUAGCAACAUUUGCACUGACAAGACAAUCACCUGUAACCAUGGGUUCAGUCUCUGCAUUAUAAGAAAAAAGUUACAAUGUUAAAAAUUUAAAUAACUAUUUUUAUAUUUUCCUUUAUAUUGUAUUGUAUUUAUAUUGUACCCUUUGUCCUUUUUUCUUUUUUUUUUUUUGUCAAGUGCUUUUAAUUUACUAGUGUGUACAAGUGUGCUAUUUAAAUAACUGCCUUGUCUCUUGACUUUUUAAGUUAAAAAGCUGAAUGUUAGCUGAAUGUUUACAGCUUUCUGAUGUUUUGUACUGUUACAUCCUUGCCUUAUGCACUGCAUUUUUACUGUGAUCUCGAAACAGGUACAUUUUUGGCUGAAGUUAUAGACACAUAAGCUUGUCAAUAUGUUGCUGCCUUAACAAUUCUAUAUUAGUAAACAUUUGUAUAUUUAUUUAAAUGUACUUCAGUGUGCUCAGGUAUAUACACUGAAAAUGAGGACCAUUGUAUUAAUUUGUAAAUAAGCUCUUUAUGUUCAAGACCCAGUAAAUUGAGUAAAUAAAACUGAA